GAAAUAGCAGCGCCAACCAAAAUACUCCCCAGCUCCUCUCCUCCUCGGCGGAAACAUCCCAUUCCCCGGGCCACCGUCCCACCACCACCUGCCUUCUCCUCUCGUUCUCCCUAGCUACCCGCCCUCGCUCUCUCUGUUCUACUGCAGCUCUUUCCUUCCUGCUCCGCCGGGGUUCCCUCUCCGGAGACGGGUCGAGCUGAAGGAUCCGGCCUGGGCGCGCGCCGGAGCACGGGAGAGAUUUUUGUUUAAUCUGGGUUUACUAGAGGACAAGAAGACAUAUCAGCAAUCAAACUCCUCCGAGUUGAUCUUAAAAUUGGACAUGCUUGUCAUACUAGAGGCACUUGAUUACUUGGAGUUUUAGUGCAUCGGACUCUCUACUGGACCAGGAUGGCUGAUGCUCCAACUUCCCGUAUGGUGUGUCCCUUUGGAAAUGCACCAAGGCAGACUCCAGAACAAUUCCUAUAUUCUGGCAAUUCGCAGCACAUUUGUCAUCCUUACCAAUCAGAUUCGGACACCCACGUCGUACCGCAGCAUCAUGAUACCAUGAAGUCUCAUUCACCGGAUGCUGGUUUUGAAGACCAGGAGACUCACAAGCGGUACACACUGGACUCCUCUGCAGCUUCUGGAUGCAUGAGACAUGACUCUCCCUCCAGUCAGAGUCUCCCUACUGGGAGUGGCAGCCCUCUAUCUCACGAAGACAGUCACUCCGGCUCCACCAAUGGCAAUGGAUCACCUGUAAGCGCUUCGUGUGUCACCGAGGACCCUAACGAUCUCAAGCAAAAGCUAAAGGAUCUUGAGGCUGCAAUGCUUGGGACAGCCUCAGAGAUAGCCGAUAGCCUCGAGAUCUCCGUGGCAAACCAACUUUCAUUAAAACCGGAGGAGUGUGUGCACAUGACGAGCAUGCCCAGAGGCAACCUGAAGGAGCUGCUGAUUGCUUGUGCUAGAGCAGUGGGAGAGAAUAACAGCUUCGCGAUCAAUUUGAUGAUUCCAGAGUUGCAGAAAAUGGUGUCAGUGUCCGGUGAACCACUCGAGAGGUUGGGAGCCUAUAUGGUGGAAGGGCUUGUUGCCAGGCUCGCCUCCUCUGGUAACUCGAUCUACAAAACUUUGAAGUGCAAAGAGCCAAGGAGUUCUGAACUCCUAUCCUACAUGCAUUUCCUGUAUGAGGCCUGCCCCUACUUCAAGUUCGGCUACAUGUCAGCUAAUGGUGCAAUCGCAGAGGCUGUCAAGGGAGAAGACAGGAUCCAUAUCAUUGACUUCCAAAUCUCUCAAGGUGCCCAGUGGAUUUCUCUCCUUCAAGCCCUUGCAGCCAGGCCUGGUGGACCGCCAUUCGUGAGGAUCACCGGCAUUGAUGAUUCAGUCUCAGCUUACGCCCGAGGCGGCGGGCUGGAGUUAGUUGGCAGGAGGCUGUCACACAUUGCUGGCCUGUGCAAGGUGCCCUUCGAGUUCAAUGCACUUGCUGUCUCGGGCAGUGAAGUGGAAGAGGGACAUCUGGGUAUCAUCCCCGGUGAAGCCGUCGCUGUGAACUUCACCCUGGAGCUGCACCACAUCCCGGACGAGACCGUGAGCACGGCGAACCACCGGGACCGGAUCCUGAGGCUGGUGAAGGGCCUGUCCCCGAAGGUGCUCACCCUCGUGGAGCAGGAGUCCAACACGAACACCGCCCCCUUCGUGCAGCGGUUCGCGGAGACGCUCGACUACUACACGGCCAUCUUCGAGUCCAUCGACCUUGCGCUUCCCCGGGACGACAGGGAGAGGAUCAACAUGGAGCAGCACUGCCUGGCAAGGGAGAUCGUGAACCUGAUCGCCUGCGAGGGCGAGGAGAGGGUGGAGCGGCACGAGGUCUUCGGGAAAUGGAAGGCGCGCCUGACGAUGGCCGGGUUCAGGCCCUCCCCGCUCAGCGCGUUGGUGAACGCUGCCAUCAAGACGCUGCUGCAGAGCUACUCGCCCAACUACAAGCUCGCCGAAAGGGACGGGGUGCUCUACCUCGGAUGGAAGAACAGGCCCCUGGUGGUCUCGUCCGCAUGGCACUAGUGUGGUGAUGUGAAUUCUGAACUGACGAAGAAUCUGUAUCUCGUAGUCGCGUUUAGAUAUAUGUUCCGUUGAACACUAGAACUAUAGGAAGCUAUGGUGGUACUGGGAUGGAGUAGAAUACCUAUAACUUGAUGUUGUAAUGGCAAUCCUAGAAAAAGGUUGAUGAGGUGUAGUACAAGUUUGAGGGUAUAUGUUUCAGUUAA